GACCAGUACCGCAUUUACUUAAUUUCCUUUUCCGAAAUAGCAUUGAUUUCAGCUGGUGGUGCUCGUCGAAGUAGUAGAAGCAGGUCGAGAUAAUGGAUGAGAGCGUUGAGGCUGGGCCAUCUGUUCUCGACAAUCCAUUAGAUAUUGAGCAGAUUUACUCAAAAGCACAGAAUCAGUGGUUUUCCAAACCUGAACUGUGUCAAAUUCUUCAGAAUCAUAAGGGAUUCCACAUUACCUCAGCACCCCAUGAGAAGCCACCAAGUACCAUUCCCCCAAUUAUAAUUGCCAUAAUAAGCAUAAUUCAUUUUGUUAGAUAAAUGACAAUUGCUCUGAUGGCAUCUGUAACUCGCAUUGACUAAACCUUGUUUUUGUAUGGCAGCAUAUCUCUUCCAUGAUUACAUUUGUAUUUUCUUUCAACUAUUCCUUUUUUUUUUGGCACCCCUGCAGCUGUUUUAGAUGUUUAGUAGUUAAAUCUUUUCCCCUGUUCUUUAGUUGCUUGGAUUCUGUAUUGCGAUCCAUAUUCUUUCUUCACAAAAUGUUUUUAAUUUUACUUUUCUUCAUUUGUUUUGUACAUGACGUUCUGGGAGUUGGAUUUUGCUUCUGAUGUGAUUUCUCAAGUUCCAUCAACAGAGAUCAUUUACUGCAAUUAAAAUCUAUUUCUAACA